CAAAUACUUCAUUUAUUAAAUCAUGAAAAUAAAUAAUUCACAGGGAGCAUAAUGUGAACAGUCUGAACACCCCGCCAUAAUCCUCUGUUUUUUCUACCUUCCAAUCCAACUCUACUUACUACUUAGCAUCAUCUAUAGUCCCAAUUCCCAACUACACUCCCUAACAAAUUCUCCCACCCCUUUACCCCUUUUCUCCCAUUUUCCUCCAUCCAUGGCUUCCAAAAUCCCUUCCUUCUUUCUCCUUUUCCUUUUCCUCUGUUCUUUCGGUUUUGCUUCCUCAGAUGAACUCAAUUCCCUCCUUACUCUCAAAUCUUCUCUUCAAUCAACAAAUCCCAAUCUAUUUUCAUCAUGGAUUUCUUCAAAACCCACUUGUGAAUUUCCAGGAAUUUCAUGCAAUUCUGCUGGGAAUAUCACUGAAAUUGACCUAUCAAAACAGGGCUUAUCUGGUACUCUUCCUUUUAAUGCUAUUUGUUCUUUAUCUUUUCUUCAAAAACUAUCUUUUGGGUUUAAUUCUAUUACUGGAAAUGUUACUGUUCAUCUCAGAAACUGUACUAAUCUUCAGUAUUUGGAUUUGGGUAAUAAUCUUUUCUCUGGUUCAUUCCCUGAUAUUUCUUCUUUAAAUAAAUUGAAAUAUUUGUACUUAAAUUCAAGUGGGUUUUCUGGGAAAUUCCCAUGGAAAUCUCUCAAUAAUAUGACAGGCCUUAUUCAACUUAGUUUAGGAGAUAACCCUUUUGAAAUUUCCCCAUUUCCCAAACAAAUUACCCAAUUGAGGGAAUUGAAUUGGUUAUAUUUAACAAAUUGCAGUAUUUCCGGGUCAAUUCCACCUGAAAUUGGGAACCUAAAUCAGUUAAUUAAUCUUGAAUUAUCCAUUAAUUUCUUAAUUGGGUCAAUUCCAUCUGAGAUUUCCAAUCUUACAAAUCUAUGGCAACUCGAGCUUUACGGUAAUCAACUCACCGGGAAAAUCCCAACUGGGUUUCGAAAUUUGACGAAAUUACAGCGUUUUGAUGCUUCAAAUAAUAGCUUAGAAGGUGAUUUAUCUGAGCUUAAAUUCAUGUAUCAGCUUGUAUGGAUUCAACUGUACCUGAAUAAACUCACCGGUGAAAUCCCGGCGGAGUUCGGAGAAUUCAAGAAUCUGGUAAAUUUAUCUCUAUAUAGUAAUAAUCUCACCGGAGAACUUCCCCAGAAGCUUGGAUCAUGGGCUGAGUUCAAUUUCAUCGACGUAUCGACCAAUUCUCUUUCCGGUACAAUCCCUCCUGAUAUGUGUAAAAAAGGGACUAUGAAAAAGCUUCUAAUUCUGCAGAACAAAUUUUCCGGCGAGAUUCCGGCGAGUUAUGGUAACUGUACAACAUUGACUCGGUUCCGAGUCAGUGAAAACUCACUUACCGGAGAAAUUCCGGCAGGAAUUUGGGGUCUGCCUAAUGUGAAUAUCAUUGAUAUUGCUGAUAAUCAGUUUCAUGGCUCAAUUACGUCAGAUGUUGGUAAGGCUAAAAAUUUGAAUCAAAUUUAUGCUUCUAAUAACAAAUUAUCCGGUGAGAUUCCAGCGGAAAUCGGAGAUGCUUCGUCGUUGCUUUGGAUCGAUUUGAGUAACAAUGAACUUAUCGGAGAAAUCCCGGAAAGUGUUGGUAAUCUUGAGAAGUUGAACAAUCUUUACUUGCAGGGAAAUCAUCUUUCUGGGAAUGUUCCUGCUUCUCUUGGUGAUUGUCUUCGUCUUAAUGAUGUAAAUUUAGCUCGAAAUUCAAUUUCUGGUGAAAUUCCGGCAGUAUUAGGUUCUUUGCCUGCAUUGAAUUCGUUGAAUUUGUCGCAUAAUGACUUAUCUGGGUUGAUUCCUGAUACACUUUCGUCUCUUAAGCUUAGUUUGCUCGAUUUGUCGUACAAUGAGUUAUCGGGCGAGAUACCGAAAUCUCUUUCGAUUGAGGCCUUUAGAGGAAGUUUAGUUGGUAAUGCUGGGCUUUGUAGCUCACGUUUUAAGGGCUUUAGAUCGUGUUCAUUGAGGCAUCGAGAUUAUCAUGCUUUUAUUAUUUGUUUAGUUCUAGGGUUAGUCAUUUUGGUUAGUUUGAGUGGUUACUACUUGUAUACUAAGAUACGUGGUGAUCGAAAGAGCGAGAAACGAGCGUUGUAUUUGAGAGAUGAUGAUUCGUGGAAUAUGAAGUCGUAUCAUGUAGUCACCUUUACCGAAGAGGAGAUUCUUGAAUCGAUCAAACCGGAAAACUUGAUAGGGAAAGGAGGGUGUGGAAGUGUUUACAAGGUUGGGCUUAAGGAUGGUAAGGAGUUGGCCGUGAAGCACAUUUCAAAUCAUGAUUUCUCCCAUGAUUGGAAGAAGAAUCGUCCGAGCACUCCUAUGUUGGACAAGAAAUGUGGGAGAAGUAGGAAGAUGAAAGAGUUUGACAUGGAGGUACAAACAUUGAGUUCAAUAAGGCAUAUCAAUGUGGUGAAGUUGUUUUGUAGCAUUACUAGUGAGGAUUCAAGUCUGUUAGUCUAUGAAUACUUGCCUAAUAGAAGUUUGUGGGAUAGGUUGCAUACUAGCAAGAAAUUGGGAUUAGAUUGGCAAACUCGAUACGAAAUUGCUUUAGGUGCUGCUCGAGGAUUGGAAUACCUUCACCAUGGGUACGACAAACCAAUCAUUCAUCGCGAUGUUAAGUCCAGCAAUAUUUUGUUAGACGAGUUUUUAAAACCUAGAAUCGCUGACUUUGGCCUCGCCAAAGUUGUUCAAGUGAGUUCAGCUCGUGAUUCAACUCAUGUAAUCGCGGGAACACAUGGUUAUAUUGCACCAGAAUAUGGAUACACAUACAAAGUGAACGAGAAGAGUGAUGUUUACAGCUUUGGAGUUGUUCUCAUGGAACUAGUGACGGGGAAAAAGCCUAUUGAGUCGGAGUUUGGCGAGAGCAAGGACAUCGUAAGUUGGGUUUCGAGCAAGUUGAAGAAUAGGGAAAGCGUGUUAAGCAUAAUAGAUUCGAGUAUACUCGAACCCAUGCAAGAAGAGGCGAUCAAGUUGUUGAAGAUCGCAAUCCUUUGCACGGCCAACCUACCGGAACUUAGGCCUACAAUGAGGAGUGUAGUUCAAAUGCUCGAGGAUGCCGAACCAUGUAAAUUGGUAAGCAUCAUUGUUGCUAAAGAUGGGAGUACAAAGACAAUAGAAGCUGAAAAAAGCAAUUACAAGCCAUAAGCAUUUGUUAACUUAGUCUACUUCAUUAAUUAGAAUUGAUUAUGCUUACAUUAAGCAUCACUAGCUUAAGAUCAAUAGAGCAAGGAAAACUUUACUCAAGUGUUCUAACUAAAGUUGUAAAAUAUUUUGUAUAUGGAAGAGUCCAUGAAAUUAGCAUUGUUAGAUUUGUUUGUAGAUUAAAUAAAAUUUUUUAAUGUAUCUAAGAUGUGUUUAUAAAUUAGUCACCAUUCCAAUUU